CCAGAUCAUCCCAUGGGCUCGAGUGGACUUUACAAAUUCGAAUCGGACGGAUUGUUUCGUGGCGUCAAACGUCAGCGCUCGUACAUGUACUUCGACGACCAAGAUUUCUCGCACGAACUUCAACAAGAGCUGAGGAUAGAAUCCAUUUUCAAACAGCAGGCUGAAGUUUUGAAGUUUGCUGACCUUUGCUUUCGUGGCACCAACGAAGCUAUCGAUGAAGAGCAGCGCGCUUUUUGGAGGCAGCAAAUGAUCACUGCCCAUGCUCAACUGAGCAGCGUGCAGGCGAAGCUUCCGCAGCCUCACUCUGCCCAUCAGAACAAUGCCGAGGGACACGAUCACCUCGCCGUCAUCUAAUACAAGAGGCUUUUUGUUUUAACUUUCACUUGGAGUGUCAAGACCUUCGGGUUCCUUCCUGUGUGGACUAACAGAGCAGAGCGUUGGUACUUUAACUUGUGACUUAAAUGCGUAAUGAAAGCGAUGAGACU